AUGUCGUUCGUCAUCAGAAGACAAUUGUCUACUUUGAUCCCUCCUAAGAUUGCUUCUGCUAGCAACAUCGGUUCCAACCCAAACGCCAAGAGAAUGGCCGAGCUUGUCUCCUUCUACAAGAAGUUGCCAACCGGAAACGCUCCAGCUGCUGCUAAGCCAACCGGCCCAAUCGGCAGAUACUUGCACAAGUACGUCCGUACUGACAAGCCAUCCGGUAAGCCUCUUCUUCACUUUGCCAUUGCCGUCAUUUUCUUCGGUUACUGUGCUGAGUACUCUCACUUGAAGGCCCACAAGGACCACCACUAA